AUGGCCACAGACGACGAAUAUCUCAAGGGCUACUCCCUACGCCGAAACGGGUCAUGCGAGAUCGGCGAGAUGUAUUGCGGUCAUACCUGGGACUCAUUUCAAAGAUGUUGUCCGGGAGAAACCAAAUGCCCUAACGAUACCUCAGGGGUAUGUUGCCCAACUAGGAGGGAUUGCGAGCCCGAGUUAAGUGAUAAAGCGCGCUGUGCAGACACUACAGCGGAUCUCUACUAUAUUACAGGCAGUAAGGGCUAUUUCUGCUGCGCAAAUAAUACUCAGGGUUAUUCUAGUGGCAAGAACAUGUUUGCGGGCUGCGCAACACCAGAAGAAAUGCGCGAAAUCAGUCCGGAAGCCACGUUACUUAAGGUAACUAACCAAUUUAUUCUACCUACCUCUACAAGCUCAAAUACCCCUACAGCUACAUCUACAACACUCUCCUCGUCGACGCCAAGGCCAGCCACCGCCACUCCCACCCCCACGAACAACGCAAAUACCGAUACUUCUCACUCCAACACCGGGGCAAUCGCGGGUGGUGUGGUUGGCGGUGUAGCUGGCGUCGCCAUCUUGAUCGCACUAGCCUGGUGUUUAUUGCGUCGCCGAAGGAGGCAAGCUCAAGAUAGCCAAUCUGCCCAGCGUCCCCCAGUCCCUGUAUCAGAGCUGAGUGACAGUACUCGGGUCACAGAACUGAGUGACAGUACUCGAGUCACAGAACUGAGUGGUCAAGGCAUUUCAGAGCUACCUGGAUCACAGAAGCAGAAGCUCCCUCCUGCUGAAUUGGCAUCAUGA